UUUUUUUUUUUUUUUUCAUUGUAACUCAUGAUAACUAAUGGUCAAUUAAGUUAGGUUUAGGUUAGCUACAUUAUAAAUACUUUAAAACAUUGUGGACGGUUGAUUUGGAUAGGAUAGCUACUGUGAAUUCAUGUAAACGGUUUCCCAGCCCUGGAUAGCUACAUAUUAAAAAGUUAUUUGCUAAGCAACUAUAAAAUGAUUUUACAGUAUUUUUAAUUUAGCUAUACUUACCUAAUAUAACCAACUAUCCACAAUGUUUUAAAGUACGUAUUUAUAAUGUAGCUAACCUAUUGUGCUGUUACUAGUUUCAGAAUGCACAGAAAGUAAUCACUUAUUUUAAUGAUAUUAUUAUUUAUUAAAACUUAUUAUAUUGACUAUUAUUAUUAUGAAAUUUUAUUAUUUAAUUUGUAUAUUGUUCGCCCGCAAAAGUUAUUUAAAAUAUAUUCUUUUUAAUUAGGUAUAUCUACGAGAGCUAUGCUCUAUGUAGUGAGGAAGACAUAUAUGGACCGGCAAUUAGAUAUACCCCUCUAAGGACCAAUUGAACAAAACGUAUAAACUGUGUUAUUAUACGUGUCAUAUACGAAGGAUGUGGCAUUGUUGGAAAUUUUGUUUUUAAAUUUAAUUCAGUUUUGUGUUUGCAACUUUGUUAAUACCUUUUGUUUACAAGAUGUGAUUUUGUAAAUUUCGUUAACGGCAUUCCGCCCCGGCCAAUCAGAGGCCAUGUUUCAAGUAGAAGGCGUCUGUAACGUUUCUAUUUGAGAAGAAGUUAUGUAAGAAAUGGCGUCCCAGUGAGAUGCAAGGGCGCGGAGCCUGUUAAAAAUUCAAAAGAAAAAAAGAUAUUAGCUAUUUCAGACCAUCCGCAACAAAGGAUGAGUUUUUUUUCGCCGUAUUGUUAAAUGUUUACUAGUUUGUUAGGGCAUAUUCUGACGAAUAUGUACCCAGGAGUGAUUAUUUUAUAAAUCGGGGGACCGCAUGAUUACGGCAAACAUGCGCAGAGGCUCGCUGGAGACGGGCUGCGCGCGCAGCUCGGGCCGCGUGUGCGCAGAAGCGAGCGCGGCGCGUCGCCCGAGUCCAGUACCAGUCGCCAGUCGGCGCGUGGAGAUGUGAGAGCAGUCAUGGGAGCGACGUGUCUAGCCGUCGGCGCGCUGGUGGUCUGCCUGGCCGCAGUGGCGCGCGCGGCCAACCUCACGUGCUACCAGUGCCACAGGACGACGAACGAGGAGUGCGGUCCUGAGUCGUUGCUGCCGUGUCCUGCGAGCAAGGACCGCUGCGUCACUCAUAUCAGCAAGGACGCUCAGAACGGCUACACGCUGAAGCGGGAGUGCGGCCUGGGACCAUGCGGGUUCGAAGACGCCAUGAUGAACCGCGGUCUGGGACUGGACGGGUGUGACAGGAGUAAGGACGAGUACUUCUGCGUGUUCUGUUGCUCGGUUAACGGCUGCAACAAGGACGCCGGCAGCGCCAUCUGUCCCUGUGCGCUGGUACUGUCCGCCUGCCUGCUAGCGCUCCUGUUGCGCUCGGUCGCCGCGCCGGCGACAACCCACGGCUGACACGCCCGGGAAGAUGGCGGCGUCGCUUCGCUCAGGUGAUUCACGCCUCAGAAAGAUAUCUUGUAAUUGUAAUGAUGUAAAGUGGUUUACACAGUCAAGAACUUAGGAAUUAAGAAGAAGGUAUUGGCUGUAAGAAUUAGUGAGCUCUUGGUGUACACAAUCUUAUCCUGACGUUUUAGUUCGACCAAUACGAAAAAAUAACCUAUACGCAGAAAAAGUAUAAAUAUCGUUACUAAAAAUACGGAUUAUAUCUUGAUUCCCACCUUACAUUGAAAUUUAUUGUUCACAAAUUCUGCAUAGUGAUUAUAACUGUUCACCAUUCGUGUUUUAGAAAAAAGGGUUAAUUAGAAAUAACAAAUUACCUUCAUGGAGAACACAAGGCUUUCAGAAAUCACUAAAACGUUUUUUCUGCGUAGAGGAUUAUGAAUAAAUAGUAUUAUACACACUUCAUUAAAUUGUUGGAACCAACUUCACAGCUAGUCUUGAUUUUAAUUUCUGAUUAUAGUUGUUAAUGGCUGACUCCACCCGAAAAAUUAGGGUUAUUGCCUUUCAUGUCAUUACUUUUUUUAUCAAGGAAAAUGUUUUUCCAUGUUAUACUAUACAAACAUUACAUUUUUGUGAUCUCUAGAAAAAAAAGUUUAUUUUCUUGGUUCCUACAGAUUGAUAACACCCUCUAAUUGCUGCCAAGAUUUAUUUUUGAAAUAUUUUUCAUAAAAUAUCAUUAAAUAGAAAAAAACUAAAACUUCAAAAUGGUGGAUGAAGCUGAGUGUUGGGAAUUAAUCAAGGGAGUUGUAGCUACGUUCAAGCUAGUGUUGGGAAUAGCUUUGUUACAUGGUUCAAGAUCAUAAAAAUCUAAUUAUUAUCUAGAUCGCCAUGUUGACAACACAGCAUUAGAACCUCGAGACAUAUUAUAAGACAUAAGUGACCAUAUAAGUAUUACACAUUCAUGAUCACUUGUUAGGUAUGCACACCUAGGUAGUGGCGAACAACUUGGGUGGUGGGUUUAAAUAUAUUCUCCCUUCCUCGAAAUCAUAAAAAAUAUAUAUAAUUCCCACCAACAUCAGGAUAAUUGUUAAAGCAAACAGUGGGCAAAUAUAUUUUAUCAUUUUAUCAAAUGUAUUUUAUCUUCCUUUUCUAAAUCCUCCUUCCUACUUCACAGAAAUGAAAUUCUGCUUAAGGUUCUACACCCAGGCCUGAAAGUGAACAUUGAUAAAUUAUGUGAGCAUUUUUGUCGCUGUUUUUGUUUAUUGCUUUCUAGUUACAAAAUACUAUCACAUGAUGUCUUCCCUCUCCUUCAUUAUAUAAAAAAAAUUCACCUUGAAUUUUACUAAGUUUCCUUCUUCUUUGAAUUGACAGCUACUUAGCGAUCAUCGUUGGUAACUUAUCGUAUUGUGUGUUUAUAUUUUCUGUUUUAUAAUAGAGAAUAUGUUGAUAGAAUAAGCAACCUUCCAGAGGAGUUUGCUUAUGUUAUCACAAGUGCAAGAGAAAUCAUUUAGUUCCUUGAAUUCUUAGUAAAAUUUUUGAUAGGUGUUGAAGUCAUAAAUUAACAAUAGUAAAACCAGGGUCAAGGUUUAAACUAAGAGACAAACAUUGUUUAAGUACCUAUUGCAGAACACACUGUGCUUGUAUAUGGUUUCAACAAUGUAAUCCUAGCAAAGUUUAUCCUCCCCAUUUUUUUAUAUCUAUUACAAUAUUGAAGAAGUUCACCACUCACUCCUUUACCACUGCAGUGAUGUGUGUUUGUUUCACUGAGCAAUCUCAAGCCAACAUGCUUAGCAAGUCACUUAUCAAAAGAGAACUGCUCAUUCACUUGGUAUGACUAAAUGCUAAAUCAAAAUUGUUACAAAGUUGGUCGGAGUUCACUCCACCUUAAGUUUUUAAUUGUGUAAACUACCUAAACAAUUCUGCUAGAAAUAGCAGAAAUAACUAAGAGAGCUCGUUGGAUUUAGUGAUGUUUGAUCAAUAUAAACAGGAAUUCAUUUCGAAAUUUCUGUGUCCUUCAGCAAUAAUGACAAUGAAAUCAUGUACUUAUUUAUAGUGUAGAUAAUAAACAGCUAGCUUAUAGUUAGUAAAGAAAAAAAAAUCGAUUUUAAAAGAAACAAUCAGCGAAACAAAUGGUGUUUAGUUAGUAUGAAUAAUUUUGUGUUAUGAAAGUUUUUGCACAAAUAAUAUAUCUUCUAGUACGAAAAAUUUGUCAAAUAUUGUAAAAUGUUUUGAAAUAGGUGUUUUUUCCAUGUGUAAUAUCUGUGUUCAAGUAGCUUAUAAUUAAAAACAUUAGAAUACAUGUGUAUUAUUAGUAAAAUUGUAAAUAUUGUUUUAAAAUCAAUUUGUGAGAUUUAUUGUGGUAUUUUAAAUAUUUCUAUAGCACUGAAUUUUAUUAUCAUCACUAAUAACCUAAUUAUUAUACAUUUACAAUAUUGUUAAAAGUAAUUUGUUUGACUGCAAGUAAACUUGCUCGUAUUGUAAAGUGAUUUUUGUCCAAGUGUUUGAAUGAGCAUUAUAAAACAAUCAAGUACGGUAUUUGACAUUUUAUUGAAAUGAGCUAUAACUCACUCACUGUUUAUUAUCUAAUAAAAGUUGCAGAGGUGUUCUGCUAUGAGAGAUGGUAAUGCAGGUAGGACAUGUUAUAUACUUUGUUUCAGUUUAUGAAAUUGUUUAAAUAUUAAGGUAUAUAUAGUUCAUAUUGUACUCUGGCUGGAAUGGGCUGGAUAACUUUUACUCCUCGAUACUUUGAUAAUUUUCCACAGAAUCAUCUUUGUACUUUUUUAAUAGUCGAGGACAUAAAGCAUAAAUUUAAAACUCAUAUUUAUUUACUAAAUAGCUUGUAUCAAAUAACUACGUUGCCAAAUUAUAACCACUAAAACAUAUUCAAUAAAAACGAGGACAUAUUUUCUGCAGUUAUUUUCAAGACUAUGAUGAGCGACUAUGAUGUCUUUUCCACAGUUACAUUUUCUUCUUCUUCAAAGUAUUUUAAUGUAAAAAUAUUUUUCUCAUUUUUAAGGCUUAGCCAUAUGAGUAACGAUAGAUUCUAAACUAUUGGGCUCUUAUACAAAGAUUCAACUGCAAAAACCAUUUCAUAUUAAAUAUCAUUGUUUUUAAAUUUUAUCAAUUAAAAUCGGAGGUUUGAUGAAUUCAGUAAUAUGUACGGUUUUUUUAUUUAUCCUUGUGUGCGAACAACGUUCUUACGAAUAAAAAUAAUUUUGUAAAUAUUGUUUGUCUUUAUUCUAAAAUGUUUUUUAAGUUACUUUCAAAAGCCCUAUAUAUACAUAAAUAUAUUGUGAGUUAUACACAAAAACUACUGUGUGUAGUUCACUUAAACAUUGCGUUUUAAGUAUUUAAUAUUUUCUGUCCGUUUUCCUAAACUCUAAUGAUACUUAAAAGUGUAUACUUCAUUACAUAUUAUAUGUAUAUUAUUAUGUAGCUUUUUUAAAACUUGCAUAUUUAAAAGUAAUGUUACCACUCUUGGUAAUUUUUGUCCUGUAUUCUUGUUUAAUAAAACAUAUUUGUCAAUGAUUA